AUACCACAAAAUAGGUGCAUCUCAUGAUUGUUUGUAAAGUUUAAGAUAAUCGUGCGUUUAAAAUAUAAUACAAGCCGCUUUUGUAGUGGAAAGAGUUAUAGUCUGUGUGUUCCUCCGAUAUAUAUACAUCCUUAUUUAAUAGCUAAUGCUUUAUCGGUUAAGAGUGAUAUCCAAUACUUUUUUUUUUUUAAACUACUACAUAUUUUCUUCAUUUUGGAAACUAUGCCGCCGGGAAAAGUUUUUUUUUUUCAUUGUCCAGAAACAAACAUGGCGGAAUUCUUCCAUACCACCAAGUUGGACGCUCUGCACCGCGCAUAUCUUUCUCUAUGGUAGGUCGGCGGUUCCGGCUACGCUGUUUCCCCACGUGUGCUGUACUGGGGAUACACGGAGGAGGGUGGAAUCACAUAGGGGAACAUCAUGGUGUCCCAGUGUCAGAUUCGCGUGGUUCGUUCCGGGGGAAGUAAACUUGAUUACAGACGGGCUGUGUUCUCUGCAGAUGGCAAGUACCUCAUGUGUGUUUCUGGUGACUUUAUUAAAGUUUAUAGUACAGCAACUGAAGAAUGCAUACAUGCUUUGCAGGGUCACCAUAAUCUGGUCACUGGCAUUGAACUUAAUCCAAAGAACCACCUCCAGCUUUAUUCCUGUUCAUUGGAUGGCACUAUUAAACUUUGGGAUUUCAUUGAUGGCAUUUUAAUAAAGACUUUUUUAGUAGGAUUCAAAUUUAUUUCAUUAUAUGCUUCUGCUACGGAUGAAUUGGUUUUUGCUGUGACUUUGAGAGAUAACUCCAGAGCCAAGUCACAGCUGGUUUCUGUGAAACUACCCAAGUCAACAAGCCAAGAAUGUGAGGCUAAGGAAAUCUCUGUGAUAUUUGACGAUGUCAGCCAUUUUCCUAAAUGCACAGCAGUAGGAAGACAAUGUCUAUAUGUUGCCUCAGUCAAAGGAGUACAUCUCUCCAUCUACUACUUCAAAACAAAAAAGAUUUAUCGGUUGUCUUUAAAGGCCACAUCCAAGAAGGGAGCUAAUAAUAUUUUUACUGUUGUGGCUUGUCAUCCGACAGAGGACUGUAUAGCAACUGGUCACAUGGAUGGCAGAAUACGACUCUGGAGAAAUUUCAACCAUAAACAAGAAUAUACCUAUUCUUCUCUGCACUGGCAUCAUGAUUCUGUUAUGGAUUUGGCCUUUUCUGCUCAAGGCACUAAACUUUUAAGUGGGGGUGUUGAAUCGGUGCUCGUGCAGUGGCCUUAUGGCUCAGAAGAGAAGAAGGAAUUCCUACCCCGUUUAGGAGCUGCUAUUGAACACAUUGCUGUUUCUCCCCAUGGAACUUUUUACUGCACAUCUCAUACAGAUAACAAAAUCUCAAUCAUUGAUACCAGUUUAAAGGUUUCAGGCAUAAUCCAGGGCUUACUUAAAGGAACUGUGGUAAGGACUGGCCUAAUUGUAGAUCCGAGAAGCAAUGGCAAACCAGGUCAUCUCCAAUUUUAUUCCUUGCAUAAUGACAGGCACCUCUACAAUCUUGACAUAGUGCAACAAGAGUUCAUCCAUCAGGCAGGGCUGCAGUACAUGGAUUUGGUAAAAGCUGCAUUCAGCAGCACAGGAAGAUGGUUAGCAACAGUGGAAGAGUUACAAGGGGGAGAAGAUUCAGUAGACCUUGAGAUUCAGAUGAAACUCUGGGAGUACCAGGACAAGUCCCAGAGUUUUAUCCUGAACACCAUAAUUAGCAGACCACAUGAAGAUCAUAUCACAUCUUUAUGCUUUCGGGAUGAGGGCAGUUCAGAGAAAGAGGCUCCAACAUUGGUAACAACUGGGAAAGAUGCCCUAUUUAAAGUCUGGAUACUGAAUAAUAACUAUGACAUAUACAAGCAAAGUAGCAGCUGGUGCUGUGAUUUUGUUGGCAGCUACCACAAAAACCAAGCCACAAAUUGCUGUUUUUCUGAGGAUGGUUCUCUAUUGGCAGUUAGCUUUGAUGAGAUCAUCACUGUUUGGGAGUCUAACACAUGGGAUCUCAAACAAACAUUCUGCCAGCCACCUGGAAAAAUAAGGAACCUAUGCUUUGGAAGAAAGAGUUGCUCUAAGUAUCUUGUUGCUUCCACAAAUGAUGGCUUUAUAUGCUGCUGGAACCUGCUUACAUGCUCAUUGGAAUGGAGAGCCCAGUUAGAUGCUGCAGUUCUGCAACCUGACCCUCUUUCAGAAAACAUUGCUGUGAUUUCAUGUCCUAAAGGAAGGUCAAACUUGUUUCUGUUUCAGCCCUCUGAGCCCAGACCAUUUUAUGCACAAAAGAAUAUUUGCCGGGCAGCGGUCAAAUGGGCUGUGUUUGUGCCAAAGGAGAUGCCAGAAUUUGUAAAAUCAGAAAGCCACCAAUGGCUGAACAAAUCCCAACUUUAUUUCCUCACAGAAGACCAGGAUCUGAUGACGUUCAGCUCAAAAUCUACAGAAGAAAGGCUGACACCUUUAAGCAAACAGUUGGCGGUGGAAGAAAGUUUGCCUGUCACACCUUUUCACCUACUACUUGGUAAAAAAAGGCAGGAGGAACGAGAGAAGCUGGGUGCGCAAUCAGUGAGAACACCCCCCAGCCUUCAUAGAGUUUAUCAAGAUUCUGCAAUAAGAGAGGUUCUUCAUACACCAGCUCACGUUUUGCCACCAGCAUCAGUAUUGUGCGCUGUAUUUGUAAACUCUUUACUUAUCUCCAAAAAAAGCCAAAGUCCAGAGGAAUCCAAAGAAGACGAGGAAAUGGAAAGUGAACACUCAGAAGUUGACUCCUCAGAUGAAACCGAGGAAAUGGAAAGCCAUAAAACAUUUCCCUCAGCAUUUUCAGUAGAUGUCCCUGCCCUGUUGCCUAAAUUCCAAGAAAAGGAGUUGAGAAGAAUACGAAGGACUGAUUACAGCUGGAUAUCUUCCUUGUAGGGCAGUCACAUUGCAACUUGGACUUUGCUUUUAUAUUGUUCUUCAUAACGCAGAGCUUUGUAAUCAUUGCAAAUAUACCCCUAAAAACAUUUGUUUUUAUCUGACGCUCUCAGUGGUUUCUUUACUCGUGCCUUUCUGCCCACUGAGAAACCACUGAUUCUUCUGCUUUCCACCCCAUAUUCUGUGCAUUAGUCUUAAAUGUGAGGCUUUGGCUUUAUAGCUGUUGGUGUUCUUGUCCAGAAAACAGUCAAGAUGAACAAGUAGUGCAGAGAAUCAGAGGCAAGUCUUGCCGCAAAAUGGACACACUCCCUACAGCAAUAACCUCGUUUAUUACUAGAUCCUACUAUACAUAAAGUAAGGGAAAAACAUUAAAACUGUUACCAUCACUAA